AUAAAACAGCACAGGAAACAAUCUAGACAGAACUCCUACAGUCACUCUGAGAAAUUUGAUAUCUUUGGAAAACUUUGGGAUCUUUGGACUCUCCUCUAAGAUCUCAAAUAAAGCUGUGAGGGCUUGAACAAUGUUUUACCCUCCAACAGGCCCUAAUUCGUAUUUGGAGAGGGCACAGGGCACAAAAACAUCUGAACUAGUGUCUCACAGACUCUAUGUGUGAGUGCCUAUUUUAAGACCAUAAAAUCUAUAAAACACAAGUUGUCCAUUCAUUCCUGCAUCUGGGUAGCCAUCAGUUGCUUUGACAACUCCCCUUUUUUGGCCUGACAUUAAAGGUGGAAAUCUUCCCCUAUAAACAAAAUAAUAUUAUUGCCCAACAGUUGUCAUUCAAGGACGGGCACCAGAGGAAAGAAAAGUACAACAAAAUAAAGUUAAGAGUGCCGCAGGUGAUUCUAAUAUCUGGAAGCAAGUGCAAUAAAACACUUGGCAGCGUUGGCACAUGUGUUAGCCAGCGAGGACCAGAGAAAUGCGAGGAAUGAUAACUUAGCCUCCUUUGUCCUGAGUUGCUCUAUCCUCUCCUCAGUGAGGCCAAAAGUAGGUCAGAGUAAAACUUUUCCAUGCAGCCCAUAAUAUGCAGUUUAACUCUGGAUAUUAGAUGAUAAUUCAUCGACGGUGCUGCAGGAAUGCUUGGUACAAGCUGAUACAAGACAUGGAAUGGUUUCAUUUGUAGCACACUUAGAUUCAUGCAGUUCCUUCACUUUAUUUUCCGGGCUUUGGGUCAGACAGACCUUCAUCAGAGCACACAUAACUCAACUAGAAUGACAUUGACAAAGGCAGACCAAUCCUAAACACUAUAGUCUAAUUCUUAUACUGUAGUAGAAAUUUAAAUGACAUGAAAAAUAGUAAAAGAAAAAAACAUUAUAUGUCUAAACAUAACCUACUUGGCAGCGUUAACAAUGACGGGACGGAAAAACAUAAACUGUCUUUAGCAAACAUGCACAAGUAGAAAAUCACCCAUCAUUUAAAAUGACUGGGUGAUUCCGAAUACGUUUGCGUCUCAUGUCUGCAGGCAUUAUUCUGGUGGUACAAAGUGCAUCUGUUGGAAAACCUUUGUGUUUCACACAGAACUUGAAAAUGAAAUAGGGGUCCCGACUGGGAUGUUGGGGACCACAGGACUAAACUAACUGACGGUAUAUAAAGUAUUUCACAUUGACUCAACCAAGUGCUGCUAAAAACACUGCAGCAUCAGUAUUAACAAUCUAACAACAUUUUCUUUUAAAUAAAUUAGUCUUGCAUGUCCCCUUUUUCACAUUGUCUUUAUCUUUAACUUUAUACUCUACUGCCUUUUCCAUCAACUGUCUGACUGACUGUGGUUGUAUCAUGCCUAUCGUUACAUUGGGCAUAGGCUGCUUGGCCGCUUAGUUCACUUAUGCCUUGGGCUGGCCCUGAGUUAUAGUUUUUGGAUGUUCACAAAUUGGAUUUUGUUCAUGUUCUCCUUCGAAGACUGGAAGUCUUUUCUUUUGUUAUUGCUUUUUAUUUAAAGAUUCUUCCCCCUGACCUGCAUUUGGGUCCCGCUCAACCAAACCGUGACACGUUUGCUUCUUUAAAUACAUUUUGCCAAAACGUUUGUACUUUUACUCAGGUGGGAUCUUAAAUGCAGGACUUUUAUUUCUGCGUUUGUCGGUUGUACUUUGCCUUAAAGGGUUUGUAAACAUCACUCCCCGCCACGCUGAGAAGCGACACAUGCUCCUAUACCUGAGGCUGCGGGUUCGAGCCUCGAGCAGUGCAGUCAAAACUUCAACAACAAACAAUCUUCCUCCAAAAUCGCCUACUGCCCCUUAAAUACAUUAUUAAAUUGUUCUUUCACAGCCUAAUCUUUCGUAACCUAAUCCACAUACAUGGGCAUCGUAACACCUAUCCAUGAUGAGAUCUUGGCCAAGAUGUUUCACAGGUCUCAACACCACCGUCACGCUCUCCACCACAGCUCUUAAAUCAUUGUCAGGUCUCAGCUUUGUGGUACUGGAACAUUUCCAUUAAUAAAGUGUCUAAGAAGUCUUUUGUCUUAUUUUUUUAAAGGCUUAAUUGGUGAAAUAGCAAUUGCUAUUAUAUCAUGCACAUACAUGUAUACAUCUUAAAUGGUCCCUGAUUCAUCAUUAGCUUGUGGACACAUUACUGCGUUAAGAGCAUUUUACUGCCAACUGCUUAGUUCAGAAUUGUAAUUAGAGUUCAAGAGUUCAAUACGAGUAAAGGUACUUAGUUUUGUUUCACCAUGAAAAACAUGGGCUCUGUAAUUUAUUUUUGUAGUCAAUCCCUCAGAGUCGUGCUGCCGUAAACUCACUAGUGCACCAAAUGUGUAUUCAUCUAUUCAUCCGCCGACUGAACUGGAGAACUGGAUUAAUGCAUUGUUGGUUUUGGUCUUUUAAUGGGUUUUGCUGACUCUAAUGUAAAAUAUCUUCAACCAUAUUCUUUAUGAUCACACACACGUGCACCUGAGGUCACUGAGGGAUACCGUAGCCUCAGCCCUCCUAUAACCAUGCAUGAACGAGCACAGUCCUUGAGUGCCAGAGCUCUCCCACGACUUCCUCGUAGUAGUAACACAGGGAGUCGGAGCACUGGCAGCUGCUCCUGGGUGGGAUCGCCAAGAGCCUUUAAACACAGAUGAAGGGAUUGUGGAGAAUGCGCGGCGCAGAUGUUAUUCAAAGCUGCCAACAGGGGCGGCACUCUUGAAAUAUAUUUUCAACAGAUAAAAAAUCACGAGGGGAGGUUUACAAGCUUUUUUUGGAAGAUGGCUACUUUUCAUCCAUGCUUAGUCUCAUAUGGAUUUAUUAAAAGUUUCAGCAGGAUUUAAUGUAGCAAGACACAGAGCUACAACAGAAAUCCACCUGUGGGUAAUAGAACAUAAGAGAUACUUUUCAAAAAGCAUGUCCAUACACCAACACGUACAUUUAAUUGGUGCACAUAGCAGGGGGACAAAAUAACAGGGACACCUGCUACUGUAUGUAUUUCCAAUUAGUGCAAUAUAAACUUUUUGAUUUUGUGAUGAUUUGUUUUUCAUGAAACUAUUUCUAUGAUUUUGUCGACAUGCUGUAUGACAUCAUGUGGACUGUUAUUAAAAGGGCUGGCUCAAUAUUGCAUUAUAAUCUUAUUUUCUUAACACCCAAAUGGUACAUUGGAGCCGACUUGUGUGAAAAACAAGUGAACGAUGAAACUUUAACAUUUUCAAUGAGCACCCCCCCACACACACAGACACACACACACAGACACACAAACACACACACACACACACACACACACACACACACACACACACACACACAUACACUGUCAUUAACAGUGUGAUGUGAAAUGCUCAAAAACCAGAACACAACCAUUAGCAUCUGCAGAUACAUUCAGCCUCUGCUUUAUGUCUAAAAUUGAGGAGUACAAUAAACAGAUAUUGAACAUAACAUGAGGUAAUUGUAUCUUUAAUAAAAACAUUUCUCUUACUUGUAAGUUAAUACAGAAAUGUAUCCGCAUUUAUUGAAAAUAUACGGGUCAGUCCAACGAGUGGUGAAAGAGGAGUAGAGGAGUAGAGAUAGUGAAAGUAUAUUUGCGGUAACGGCUGUCAUAACAGUCACACUGAUGACAUAGGCCAACACAACCUGGUUUCAAAACAGCUGCUGCCCUUUAUCAGAGUGCUCAUCCGUUUAUUCAGCGUAUCGAUGCCAGGCGUAGUAAGGUUUAAUCCUAAUCCACUUGCAUCUUGUUUUGUUUUAGAUGAUCACGGGGGCCGGUCAGAGACACGUGGCUCUGCCGUUCACGAGCCUUUAGCCACUGGUUGUCUGUGUGACAGUGGUGAGUGUGUGGCUGCAGAGCCGGGACAUCCAGAGAUAAGGUUACAGCCACUGGGACAUGUGCUGCAUGUGGGUGGGAAAUGAAAAAGUCUGAGAGAUAAAGUUAGCGUGGCCAGAAGGUGAAAACUGCAAAGGGUCAUGGGAUGUGGCAUGGGAAAAUCAGAAGUACGGCUGAAGAAAUGUGAAAGAGUGACCAACUCAGUUCCAGCAAUCAGAGCGGCUCUGUUGAUCCAGCGCUGGUACCGUCAGUACGUGGCCCGGCUGGAGAUGAGACGCAGGUGCACGUGGAACAUCUUCCAAUCAAUUGAAUACGCCGGAGAGCAGGACCAGAUUAAGCUCUACAAUUUCUUUGACUUCUUGAUGCACCACUUCACCCCAGCCAGCAGUGAAAGAAGCCUCAUAUCUCACAUCUUUCGCGUAAAUGAAAUCUGCCGCGAUGCAGAGUGGGAGAAAUAUUUUUGCUACGAGAGCAUUGAGGUGCCCGACAGCUACACCGGCCCCCGUUUGACCUUCCCUAUGACCUUCUGUGGGGUGUCAAAAGUGGUGCAGGCCUUCAAGCACAAACAACAGCUCCAUGCUCGGUAUGUUCUGCAGCUUCUUAGAGAGACUUGGAGACUUCUAAGAAUUCUAACAAACAUCAGUCACGUCUCCACCUGCCAUACAAAGGAGAUCACCAUAUGCGGAGACUUACACGGGCACCUUGAAGACCUGCUGUUGAUUUUCUACAAGAAUGGUUUGCCGUCCUCCGAGAAACCGUAUGUCUUCAACGGAGACUUUGUGGAUCGUGGCAAAAACUCCCUAGAGAUCCUGCUCAUCCUGUUUGGGUUCCUGCUGGUCUAUCCCAACGAUGUCCAUCUGAACAGAGGGAACCACGAGGACCACAUUGUUAACCUGAGAUAUGGUUUCACCAAAGAAGUUCUGGGAAAAUACAGGGUGCACGGCAAAAAGAUCCUGAAUCUUCUCCAGAAGAUCUUCAGCUGGCUGCCUCUGGCCACAGUGAUCGAUCACAAGGUGCUGAUUGUGCAUGGAGGGAUCUCUGCCACGACGGACCUCAACGCGAUAGCCAGAGUGGACAGGCACAAAUACGUGUCGGCCCUCAGGCCUCCUAAGCCGACCCAUUAUGCAGCCGAUGGCUGCAAGACUCAGGCGAUGGGCAGCAACCACAGAGAGGCCAGUGGACCGGCGGAAGGCCGACGUCGAGUGUGCUCUCUGACUCACCACAGCUCGCCGCCGGCUCAAAGGUCUGACCUACCCCGCCGCUCGCUACAUAACCUGCCAAUGGGCAGUCUGCUCAGCUGGUCGGUGGAAGAGGAGCUGAAGAGGAGGCGCAGGCUGGCUGGGUUCGACCAGUCGUAUGGAGAGCUGCAGAGGUCUGACACUGAGUCUGGAGCGACAGCGGAGACGGAUGAGCAUGAGUGGAAACAAAUAGUGGAUGUUUUGUGGAGUGACCCCAUGCCCCAAAAUGGCUGCAUUCCCAAUGAGGUACGAGGUGGAGGCUGCUACUGGGGGCCAGAUGUCACCGAGGAAGUGCUGGGAAGACACAACCUGCAGCUCCUCAUCCGCUCCCACGAGUGCAAACAGGACGGCUACGAGUUCUGCCACAACCGCAGGGUGCUGACUAUAUUUUCGGCUUCGAACUACUAUGAGAUGGGCAGCAACAGGGGAGCCUACAUCAGAAUGGGCCCUGAUCUGGUCCCUCACUUCAUUCAGUAUCAGGCCAGCCAAGCAUGCAGAGAGCUCACCCUGAGACAAAGUGUUGGGUGGACAGAGAGAUCAGCCCUGCGAGCUCUGAGGGAACAACUGUUUGUGCACAAGUCGGAUCUCAUCAGUGCCUUCCAGGAGUUUGAUCCGAACAACACAGGGAAGAUCAGUCUCAGUCACUGGGCCAGUGCCACAGAGAGUGUGCUGAAGCUGGGUCUGCCCUGGAGGGUGCUGCGCCCUCAGCUUGUCAGCAGCACCCAGUACGGCAUAGUGGACUACCAGAUGUGGAUAAGGGAGCUAUCCAUCACUGAGCCCAAACUACAGAUAUCUGACACCAGCAUCCUGGAGACUAUGUACAAGAACCACUCCAACCUGGAAACCAUCUUUCGAGUCAUAGACACAGAUCACUCUGGUUCGAUCUCUUUCGAGGAGUUCCGUCAGACCUGGAGACUCCUGUGCUCACAUCUAAAGACAGAGAUCAGCGACGAGGCCAUCGCGGACCUGGCCCACAGCAUUGAUUUCAACAAGGACGGGAGCAUCGACAUCAAUGAGUUCAUGGAGGCUUUCCGGCUGGUGGACCUCUCCGCUCACGCCUGAGAGCCUGGACCAGAAGCUGGAACUGUAGCUGCUGAUCUGAGCAGCACAGAGAACAUCAAGAACUCUGUGGAAAUUCAGGAUGGUCAGUAGUAACUCGCCCGCAUGACCUGGGCCGGCUCAGAGUGCCUGCGCAAACUAGACCUUUUCUACCUCUUAGACUUUUAGCAGAUUUUUACCAUAUUAAAUUUCAUUAAGGCCUAUUCAGGGAGUGUAAGGUGUAUAUUUUUCUAUUUAUCUUGACUUGAGACUUGAGUCUGCACUGGCUAUAAAGACAAAAUAUUUUUCAAAAACAGCAAGUCCAUUACAUUAGCCACUACUAGUAUAACACACCUGAACCUCCAGGUCUGGUCAGGUUGCAUUCUGGGUAAUGCAGGCACAAGGUUGUGGCAAGAUAGAAUACAUGGAAUGUUAAUCCUGUAUUAUCCUCUUUUUUUUUUAUAACCGUCAAUGGUAAGUCAGACAAAGCUAGUCGAGUGUAAACUGAGAGACACACACACCAGGUUUUGAGAGAUUUGCUCAGUGAAUUGUUUAUGUCCUUUUGAAAAUGCGGCUUUGACCCUGUUGAGUAAAAUCUAAAUAUUAGUGUUGAAAAAUGUUUCGGUGGCAGUGAUACAGUGGUUAGCACCGCUGCCUCCCAACAACAAGGUUCUGGGUUUGAACCUGAGCCUGGGGCCCCUCUGUGUAGACAUGUUCUCAGUCAACGUUGUUUCGUUUUUAACCGGGUACGGUACACAGUCUUCCUCCAUCAGUCCAAAGACAUGCAGGUUAAUUUAAAAUGAAUGGAUGAAUAAAAAAAAAGGAAUUAGGAGUUUGUAAAAGCUAAAACUAAAACCACACACAAUGUGAAUGUGUGUGGUAAACAUUAA